AUGUCCGAAGCUCAACUCCACAUUUCGUGUGUCAGACAUACUCGAUUCCCGCAAGACUCGAAAACUAGAUCCCAACAUCUGAUCACAUCCAGUACUUCGGGGUCACUGAAACGGAGGUUGCGCCGUCGAAGAAUCCAUGUUCCAGUUGAGGAGAGGGAAGAAAGACGGAUGCGUGUCCUGGAGUUACUUCCUUCGAGUACUAGUUAUGAGCGCAAAUCCAUUGCACACGUCACAACGAGAGCGAAGUUUAACGAUCAGCCUGUGCCUAACAGUACAGCCCUACACAUCACAUCGAUAUCAAAUCAUGGCAAUCUGGUGUUUCAUUAUCAGAAAGAGUUGCUGUCGACGCUGGAGAUCCUUCAAGUAUUAAGCCACGAAUGUCAGAUAAAUACGAUUGAAGAUUAUAUAUCUGUCGUGAAGCUACUUGUUCAUAAAGGCGCCAAAGUGGACCCAAAGAUCAUGCGAUUUCGAGCAACGCCGAUGGGUCAGACAAAGACAAUCAAGCAGCAAUAG